GUAGUCGGGGCGGAAACAGACACUAGACGGACAGCCCCACUGCCGGAGUGACUGAUCUGUGUGUGAACAGUGGACCUGAGCUCUGUGUGUUUGUGGAAUGACGCUUUUCUUCAGCUCAACCUGCUGGUAAACAGAAGGGCUGUGUGGACGCAGGAAUUUCAGGUCACGAGGGCUCCAGCAGCGGGGCAGAGGCUGGACUGGGCUUGGCUGGACAAGUGUUGUAGCUAAUCUGAGCUGGGGUAGGGAGUAUGUGUACUGUUUCCUGCUUGAUUGAAGUUUGUCCCUGUCCUUCUUACUCUGACAGUAUGGGAGAUCUGAAAACACACUGAGUAGAAGACACACACACACACACACACACAGAGAGAGACUCUAGACGCGGAGACGACAUACACACACACACACACACACACACACACACACUGUAGAAAGGACGCGGAGACAACAUACACACACAUUGUAAUUUUGGAGAGACUAUUUCAGCCUCUUGUGGAAUCCUUGGAGGUCCCAACUUGGUCCCCUCUUGUAUUUUUGUCCCUGACGAUGGCGUCCUUCAUGGAUUAUGUGUUGUUGCUGGUAGCUGCCGUACUGGGAUCGUACCACGUGGAGGUGGAAGGAGGGUGCGCAGGAAAGUGCUGCCGGGGUUCAGACAUCACCUGUGCAACGGCAGACUGGAGGAUGGACCGUGUGUACGGCACCUGCUACUGCGACAAGGGCUGCCUCAGGACCAAAGACUGUUGCUACGACUACCCCACCGAGUGCCCAGCCCAGUCGUGUGUGGUGACUGAAUGGAGUUACUGGAGCGGUUGUGCCCAGCCCUGCCAGCGGUCCAUGAGGGUCCGGCAGCGUCACAUUGAGCAGGAGCCCGGGAACAGUGCAGAGCCAUGUCCCGAUCUGGAGGAGCAGGCAGGCUGCAUGGACUACCAGUCACAGCCUGGAGAGAUCUGCACUCAGAACACAGGUCCAGCUUUCAUCACCACCAGGGAGUUUGGUAAAGGAAGAACAAACCAUGACAUCUAUGGAGCACCUCUGUACCCCGGGUUCUGUAUGGAGUUUAAGAUGGAGUCUCUGACUACCCACUGUACGGUGGAGAAAAGACCACACACCCACUGGAUGCAGUACCUACGGGAGGGCUACACGGUGUGUGUGGCGUGCCAACCCCCCGCCAUGCGUAACCGUAGCGGCGGCUGCCAGGGAGACGGACAAGAAUCCAACAGUGAGGAGCUGCUCCAUUGGCAGGCUGUGGGCAACUCUCGCUGUCGAGGAACAUGGAAGAAGGUCCAGAGAACAGCACACUGCUCCUGUCCUCACGUCCACAGCUUCCUUUUCAUAUAAACACACAGGAAGUCUUACUUGCGGUCCUACUUGCACCCUAUUCCCUAUAUAGGGAUCUGGUCAACAGUAGGGAAUAGGGUGACAUUUUAGACACAGUAAGUCAUAUCCAAAACAACACACAAUCAAAGUAAUGCAUCUUUAUUUAAUGAAAUCAGUUUGUUUAAAACUAUUGUUGUAAGAACAUUUGAGUAACUUUUCUAUGUACAGACAACCACAUGACGUUCCACAAUGAUAGAUUGAACUAAUUUACUAUACACAACACUGCUUUUGUAUUGUCACUUAAUAUUGCAGAAAUAAAACACACUGGUAUAAGAAAGUAAAUAAAACGAUGAGACAUUUAACAAUAUUUGUUUUUUCUUCUCAUUUUUAUCAAACAUUUAGUUUGAUAGUUUUAAGCUUUGUGUGUUUUAGUUAUUGAUAGUUAGAAGCUAUUGAUUAGUUAACUAGAGGUUAUAAAUAGCUAUGUAAAAAUGGUAAUCUACUGUACAAGUUUUCAAGCUGUGCUUGUCCACAGCAGGAUAAACAGCUCCCUCUGCUGGUUAAUGGUAGUAAUAACAUAAUCACAACAGCAAUUUCCUCAACAGUACACAUUUGUAUUGAAUCUGCAUGUUAACAAAAGCCCGGGAUUCAAUCUGAUCACUGGUUGUAGACAAUGCAGCUUUUAAAGGCAUGAUUCGUUUGUGGAGAUCGCAUUCAUGGUAAACUCUGCAUAUGUCAGCUAAAUUGGAAAUGACCUUAAUCGGAUUGAAUCCCAGCCUUAGUCACACUCAAAGUGGCAACUCUGGAAAUACAAAAGCCCAGAAGCAUAAAGUACAAUUCCUUCUAUAACCUGUACCGUGAGUGACUAAUGGUCUGGCUUAAACAGAGCUUUAAAGGUAGACUCAGCUAAAUGAAGAGCAGCACCGUGUCACGCCCUGACCUUAGAGAGCUUUUUAUGUCUC